AUGACCAGCGAUGACGAUUAUCGCACGAGAAUUAAACUGUAUUUCAACACUCAAAGACACAUCACUAAAAGGGAUCUGUCGAACAACGAAAUUAAAAAUCUACCCCAAGGACUUUUCCAAGGUUUAAAGAAGCUUAAAAAGCUGUCCUUGUCCGUUAACCAACUCAGUCAACUACCACCGAUUAUUUUCAAGGAAAAUAAAAACCUAGAGUGGCUAGAGUUGUCCGACAACAAUCUCAACGAAUUAACUGAUAACCUGUUUCGAGGAAUGAGGAAUUUAACAAGGCUGUGGUUGCGUAACAACAAACUGAAGAAGCUAACCCCAGAACUGUUCACAGAUUUAAUAAGUUUGAAUGACACGUGA